AACUCACGUGUGCACCCCGUCUGCCUUGCGGGACUCGCUGACCAGCAGCACGCCCUGAGGGCUCUCCAGCGUGAAAUCCACGUCCAGCCCGGCUCCUCCGAUCACCUGGGUGGCAGAGCCGUGGCCACCAAGCCGCAGAGAGGCGCCAGGAUCUGCUGUGCGGCCGUGGAAGGGGUGGGGACAGCAGAGUGUCCCUGUCGAUGCCCAAGUGUGUGUGUGCAACUUCCUGCCAGUGAGGAAACCCUUGAAUCCGCCCCGGUUCUGCUUUCGCUGCUCUGGCCCAGGAGGAGCUGGCCUCAGCCAGGUCGCCUGGCCACACUCUGGAGGAGAGAUGCCCUGGACCGUCCUGCUCUUUGCAGCCGGCUCCUUGGCGAUCCCAGCGCCGACCAUUCUGCUGGUGUCCCCACAUCCCAGCAGCCAAGAGGACCCCAUCUACAUCGAGUGCGAGGCCCCCGAGGGCUACCCAGGGGCCAAUUUCACGUUGUAUCAAGGGGAGCAUGUGGUCCAGCUCCUGCAGGCCCCCGCGGACCAGUUCAAGGUCACCUUCAACCUGAGUGGCAGCAGCAGGGACCCUUCUCGGGGACCCUUCAACUGCCAGUAUGGCGUGCUCGGCGAACACAUGCGGCCCCAGCUGUCGGAGCACAGCGACACCGUGGACAUCCCCCCAGGGUCCACUAGGAUCCUGGUGCUCUCCUUGAGCCUGGCUGGAGCCCUCCUCCUCCUCGCUGGGCUGGUGACCUUGGCCGUGGUGGUCCGGAAAGUUAAAGUCAAAAAAUUGCAGAAGAAAAGAGAGCGAGAGUCCUGCUGGGCCCAGAUGAACUUCGACACCACAGACAUGUCCUUUGAUAACUCCCUGUUUGCCAUCUCGUCGAAAAUGACUUCAGAAGAAGAUGCAGCCACCGUGGAUGCUCGCCCAGGCUCUGCUGUGACGCCUGGCCACUCUGAGUCCCAGAACAGGCCCUCUUCCACGUCAUCCUCGCCGGAGCCCCGAGAAUUCAGCACCUUCCGGGGCUGCCAGUGAGGCCGAGGAUCGGGGCUCCGUCUCUUUACAUCUGUGCGCCCCCCGUUCAGCCAUCUCCCUUCAGCUGGCCGGUGCGCCGCACCCGAGGUCCCUCCACCUACUUUGGAGGGCUCCGUCUGCCUCUUUCUCAGGGAAUUGAACAGAGGAGAUGAAGGGGACCCCUGGCCUUGGGACCUACCUCACAGAGGAGCAGGAGUGGGAGCCGGGGCACCGGCAUUGGCCUGGAGGCUGGACAGAAAGCAGGAAAUCUUUUUGGAUUCCCCAUUUCUCAGACGACGAGGGAAGGACACAUAUCCAUCCCCUCCACCGCCCCCCACCUCCAUCCCGCCCCCCCCACUCCCUCCACCCUGCCACCCCACCCCGCCCCCACAUCUGACUUGGCCAACCCGACUGGGUUUUUGGAGCAUGGGGUACCUGGGGGUGUGUCCUGCGUGUCUGCCCUGCUGGUCUGCCUAAGUUAUUAACUAAAACACGUGUUGAGCUGUU